AUGUCAUCAGAGAAAUCAAGAGGCACGGUCCAGCGAUACCUCUACCAGGAACUCGAUGCAUCAUACAUGAGUUUUGUCAUCAUUCUCUGUUUCUUCAUUUCCGGCCUCAUCGACAGCGUGGCUUUCAACUCAUGGAACUGUUUCGUCGACAUGCAAACCGGCAACACAGUCUUUGCAGCACUGGGACUUGGCGGCCAGCCCAAAGCCAGUCAUUCUCAACAAUACUACAAAUCCCUCACCUCGAUCGGGGCAUUUUGUCUCGGCACACUCUUCUUCAACACCCUGCACCGAUUCCCGACGGGAUUUGCAGAGCAGGCAUCAUCCCGCCGUCGGAGCACCUUCAUCGCCUCUUUCAGCAUUCAAACAGCCUUAAUCGUUGUGGCAACCGUCCUCGUCUCACAGGAUCUUGUCUCCAACCAGCCUUUCCUGCCGGGCGCCUUCUCCUCUGGCAGCAAUGACAAGGACAGUCGACCACCUGCCAUGACCAAUUUCUUGGAUCUGUGUCCCGUGUCUCUCCUCUCAUUUCAGGCCGCGGGGCAGGUGACCUUGUCGCGACUGCUGGGUAUGGUGGAGCUGCCGACGAUCGUGCUCAGUGCACUUUACCAUGACUUCACUGCCGAUCUGCUCGCCAUCAGAACGUCGUGGAAGAGGAGUCCAAGUCUUUGGGAGUUUCUGGUCGUGCAGCAGCGUAGACAGGGGAGGAGACUUGCUUGUAUCAUUGCGCUUUUUAUUGGUGGUAUCAUUGGUGGCGAGAUGUACAAGUCGCGUGCUGGCAUGGCUGGGGCGCUCUGGCUUGCGGCUGGAGCUAAAUUGGCCAUUGUGGUCGCUUGGUGUUUCUGGAAGGGAGGAAGUGCGGAUAAUGACGGCCUGCCUCGGUGA